CCGCGUCGAUGAGCAUGAAGCAUUGAUGAAAAUGUCAUAGGAAGGGGAAGAAAGAGAAGGGUGUGCAUUUUCAGUUAACCUCCGUUGACGUCGGUCAGCCAAGUAGCUGUAUGUAACUUUUUGCAGCUACGCGAGAUUAUAUCUUUCGAAAAUGGUUUCAAGAGCGACAUCGAGAAGAAUUCCCGAGGCUGAGCCGCGUAUAGAUUAUGUGCAAUGUGACGGGCUGGUGGUGAUGAAGAUGGUGAAGCACUGCCACGAGGAGUCUUCCAGCAACAUGGAGGUUGCCCAGGGCGCUCUUCUCGGCCUCGUCGUGCAGAAUCGUUUGGAGAUCACCAACUGUUUCCCAUUUCCCAAGAACGAUGAGAUCAUGGAUGAAGAGGAGUAUCAGCUUGCUAUGAUGCGAAGGUUAAGAUGGGUGAACGUUGAUCACUUCCACGUCGGUUGGUAUCAAAGUGCGGACGUCGGCAACUUCUUGAAUCUAUCUCUGCUGGAAUCACAGUACCACUACCAAACUUCCAUCGAAGAAUCAGUUGUGCUUAUUUAUGACACAGCAAAGUCUGCCAGAGGUUUCCUGACGCUUAAAGCAUACCGCCUCACUCCACAAGCGAUACAGAUGUACAAAGAAAAUGAGUUUACUCCGGAAGCUCUACGUACCUUAAAGAUUGGAUACGAGAGUCUCUUUGUUGAGAUCCCAGUAGUCAUAAAAAACAGUAAUUUGACGAAUAUCAUGAUGUCGGAAUUGGAUGAAAUGAUUCCUGAGGAGCAGGGUACAAAGUAUCUGGAUCUUGGAACAGCUACAGUAUUAGAGAAUCAGUUGAGAUGCUUAAUGGAUCGAGUGGAUGAAUUGAAUCAGGAAGCAAUGAAGUUUAACAGAUAUCAACAGUUGGUAGUUCGACAACAACAAGAUAAGAACAGGCUCUUGGCUAAGAGGGCUCAAGAAAAUGCUGCCAGGGCUGCAAAGGAUGAACCACCCUUACCUGAUGACGAUAUCAACAAAUUGAUGAGACCUUUGCCAGUCCCACCAAGAUUAAAUCCAAUGAUUGUAGCUGGACAAAUCAACACAUACAGCGAACACAUCUCGCAAUUCUGUGCUCAGAGCUUAGCAAAAUUGUAUAUCACUCAAAGUCUGCAAAAUGCAAAGGAGGCAAAGUCUUCUCAUUGAUAAGAUUCAUUGUAUUGCGGAUAUUUAUAACAUUGAAAGAAAUAAAUGAAACACACAACUUUUCAAGAAA